AUGAGCGAACGUCGCGAUCUCGCGCCUAACCCAAAAGCUCGGCUCACUCUUCUUGUUACCCCGGUGUUCAUCUUCGACUCCUUCCUCGCUAUCGUGGUCAUUUCCUUCAUCCCGGUCUGCGGUCAUUACCUCCUCGCAUCAGACCUGGUCUGCAUACCCAGCACGCACCUCCUCAUCGGCGUGGUCUGCGCCCGUGAUGCGUACUCCUUCGCCCACUACGCUCCGACCUACAUCGCCUCCGCGAUUGGCUUGACCAUCCUCACCACCCUGAGGAUCUCCGUCGCUAUUCCCGCCAUUCCCAUGCCCGUUUGGUAUGUCAGCAAGGUCGUGGCAGCUCCCGUCGGAUGUUUCGCCAUGCAGCUGCUCGCCGCGGCCGAUCCCGAGCUCGGGGGCGUCGACGGCCCGAGUCUGCUCGACCCCGCUAGCAUGCUCGUUGCUGCUUUGGUAGGACAGGGUGUUGUGUGGAUCAUUGUCCGUCUCAUCUGCACGGCGUCCUUCUGGCAGGCUAUCAACGGUUGUGGGGGACCCGGGAUGGGGCGGCGGAGGGGCUGA